CCACCAUUAAUCGGUCGCCUAUCGGUUCUCAUGCGUUGAAAAAUAAAGUAAACGAGUGCUACAUAAAGUGAUUUAAACAAUGCCUAAUUCGUGCAACCAAAAUGUUGUGUAUUAGGCGUGCAUAAAGUGCAAACAAAUGUCGUGCGUGCUUAGUGAUUUCAAUUGCUCUUUUUGCAAGUUUGUGGUGUACAAUAAGUUUUAAAGAGAGAGCUACACAUAUUUUUUUCAACACAGCAGACGCAUGAAAAAUGGCGGCGUCUUCAGCCUCGGCUGAAUGUAAAGAAGAAUGUAAAGAUAAAGAUGACGAUGCAUUAACUACAACGCUGCACACAUGUGCUAAUGAUCCCGAUUUUGCAGUAAUAUGUGCGUUUAUGCAAAAAUUCGCUAAAGAUUUGGGCUUGGCAUUGCCAAAUUUUAAGCAAUUGCAGGAGUGGUUGACAAACAACGACGAAGUGCCCGAACUUAGAGACCUGCACAUUAAACUGUUGCGCAAGACACGCAAAACAGUUCAUGAGAAAAGCUGGGAAUCAGCGGUAAGCAAAUUCUGUUUCGGAUAUUCUCUGCAGGAUGCCUGGGAAAUUGAACGCUUUGGUUAUCGCAACUCUAGCUUAAAAGUCAAGCUUCGCGUUCUACGGGAGUUGCUCGAGAGCCAGUUUGAACGUAAUGCGAAAUUUCGCGCUCAUAUUCUCACCGUCAAUGCGGCUUCAUUACGUGCGCAGCCAAUUGGUCGCGAUCGUUUGGGACAUUCCUAUUGGUUGACUCAGGAUGGUGAUUGCAAUUUGCGUAUUUAUCAGGAGCACUUGGAUGAGGAGAUCUGGCAAGUGGUGGCCACAAAUCGCGAUGAAUUCGUCAAUCUAAUUGCCCGCCUGCGUGGUAAUGAAGUUGUGCUGCCCUCCAAGGACAUUGGCGAGGCAGAUGAGGAUACUACAAGUAGCAGUAGCGCCAGCAGUAAUGCGGCCCAGCCACCGCCAAAUGAGGAGCAGAAGGUGCAGCAGCAGCAGGUUGAAGAUGACAAUUCGCAUGAAGCUAAGGUGCCCAACCUAAAGAUCAAGCUACGAACGCCUGAACAGCAACAAGAGGAGCCCGAAGUCAAGCAAAAGAAGGUUAAGCCACUUCUCAUUACACAAGCCAAACUCGGAGGAUCGCCUGCACCUGCCAAAAAACGACCGCUGGAGGAUGUGGACAAUAGUCCCACAGCGGAGGAGGAGGAGCAAAAGAAACAGCGUCCCACAUUGCUGGACACGAAGCGCAUCAAGAAACCCAGUCGGUAUGAGAGCACCAAGUCAGAGGAUGAUAAUGAGGCGGAGUCGGAAGAUUCAGAGUUAGAUGAAGGCGAGGAGGAGGAGGAAUCACUUGACGGCGAGGAGGAGUCACUUGACAGUGCGGCGGCUGACGAAGAUGAGAACGAGCAAAACGAAGAGGAUGACGACGAUGAUGACGAAGUGGGCGAAGCUAUUGAAGAACCUACGCUCAUUGUACGUGGUCAGGGUGCGGGUCGAGACAACAAAGCAGCUCCAGAGCACGAAGAAUUUGUCGUAGGAUAUGGAGAUGAGGAAGAUGGAGAUGCUGCAGUAAGUGAAGCGGUCGAAGAGCCUUUACUUCUUGUAUUUGGCGAAGGCAACGGCUUCGAUUGCCUCGUUGGCAAUGGUAAGAACGAAACGGAUAGUGAGCAAGCCACAUCGAAGCCAGAGCCAAAGGCAACGUUUUUUUUCGGUGAGCCAGGCUGCCUUAAGCUUAGUCCUAUUAAACAGACACCAAAGCCGGAAACGAAACGCAGCAUCUUCGACAGUAUUGACGAAUCUGGUGCGGAGCCUGAAAAAACCAAUGGCGAGAGUCUAAAGCCAAAUGAAGCAGCUGCAGAGGGAAAGGAGGAGCAAAAGGAGACGCCAUUUGCAAAUGGCAACGAAGUAGCAGAGACGACUGCCAACAACUCGACAGAAUGUGUUAAAAAUGAGGAAAAUGCGACUGCACUUGAAGAAAAAGCUCCAGAAUCAAAGGAGACUGAUAAAACAGAUGAACCAAGUAAAGAAUACAACUGUCAAACAAAAGAAAUCUCAAAUGAACAAAAAGAAAAGCAGGAAAACAGCGAAGCCCCAGAGAAGGACGGCGCACCGGAAAUAUACAAAGUGAAGGUGAUAGAAACAAGCGAAGAAAGCGCGCAAAACAGCGAAGAAUCAGAACGAAAUGAGAAAACAGAAGACGCAGAAACAUCUAAGCCGAUUGAAGCAAUUUUAAGCAAAGAGGAAAAAGUCUUGGAUGAAAGCAAAAAUCAAGUAGUACAAGCAAUAAGCAAAGAAGAGUUGGAGAAAUCCGUUGAGGAAUCAGGAGAAAACAGCGAAACGAUGGCAACAACUGAGUUAAGCUCAAAACCCGAUAUUCAACCGUUGAUUACUGCUGAGAAAACAGUUGAAAACGUUGUUCAAGCAGUUGAUAUUAAAAACAUAAGUCUUCCAACUAUCAAAUCGAUUGCAAAAGACGAAACAGUUGCGAAUGACAUUGAAAAAGUUAAGCAAAUUGAAAGCUCUGUGGUUCACAAAGAAGAAACGGUUAAAACCGUUGAGGCAAUACCUACAAACAUCGUUGAACCGGUUGAAACGAGUAUAGCAAAGUUAACCGAUCCAGUACAAGACGACUUGCCAAGCACCUCAAAGAACACAGCCCCAACACGCAACUCGGAGACUCACAACGAAAAACAAACUGAAACCCCAAAUGAAUCAAAGCAAUCGGAUGAAGUCAAGCCCGAGACUUUAGUGUCAAGCGUUGUUUCCAAAUCACACCGAACACCUGAAAGUGAUACACAAAAAGCAAAUCGUAAACGUCGUCUAACCGAUUUCGCAACACCAAAUCCACGACAUUCCACCUCUGAAAGCGAAAUCGAUGUCUAUGCCGAGCCCCUGCCGGAGGAAGAACAGGCGGCUGGCCAACAGUUAGUAGAGGACGAUGACGACGACUUGGACGUAGGUGGAAAGCGGAUUAAGAUGCGACCAAAGAUUACCAACGUGGAGGCGCGUCGCAAGGUUGAAGCACAAAAGACGCAGAUCGAGGAGACGACAUCUUCAAGCGGUGAGGAAGAUGCACGCAGUCGUCGCAAAAUUAUUGCGCCCAAAAGGCAUUUGGAGAAGCCUAAUCCGGUGAAGACGAAGCCAACGCUGGCAGAAAUAAUUGAGAAAAAGCUGAAAAAGACGCCGGAGAAGACAAUAGACCCAUUGCCUGCGUCAACGACACCGCAACAAGCCAAUGAAGCCACACCUCCGCCACCAGCUUCAGCUGCAUUAGAAAAGAUUGAAGCUGUGCCCUUUACACCGCCGAAGAAGUCGCCCAUUACAAAGCCCCUCAAGAAAAAUCUGCUCACCCAAAUACGUCAGGAGGAGAGUGACGAAGAGGCGACACCCCGUAAGCGCACAAACAGCGAAACAGUUGUGGCAUCGUUGCCCGCUCCUCAACCGCUUGAGGUUUCACAACAACGAAAGCGUCGCAGCAGCGAGGAAGCCAAGGAGUCCAAGGAACCAAGCGCCAGCGAGGAGCCGCCUGCAGUCAGCGAGAAAUUGAAGCGCAAUAAUGAGCAGCAGUUUGAGGAGCAGCAGCUGGAGAAGGAAGUUGCUCCAAUUGAGCAGGAAACACCUCCAGUCAAAAAGGAAUCUUCACCAGUCAAGCAGGAUACGCUGCCAGCCAAACAAGAGGCAACAGAACGAGUUAAGUCAGCGACGCCGCCGCCAGUUAAAUUGGAGGAAUCAAAGCCAGUCAAAGAGCAGACGCCACCGCCAGCUAAGGAGGAAACUCCGCCACCUGCUGAGGGUCAGGGACGACGCUCAGGUCGUCGUGGAGGUGCUGCUGUAGUUCAUACAGAGUUGCCGCAACCGAAGCGUACCAGAGGUGGCCCAAAAGAAAAAGUCAGUGUAGAGAGCAAACCAGACAUUAAGGAAGAUCCGCUGAAAAUCGAGGAGCAGUCAGAGGACGAUGAGCAGGAGGAAGAAGAGGAGGAGCAAUCGCUUAAAGCAGCCAAGCCUGCAGCUAAAGCCAAGGCACCAGUCAAAGAGGAAGCAAAACAGGAUCCAGUCGAACAACCAAAGACUUUAGAAGCCAAGGAUGAGCCGACAAAGGCAAAGCCAUCGACUCCAGCAGCCACAACGCCUGGUGUUGGGCGUGGUCGGGGUCCGCGAAAGAAGCGCGAAGUGGACACCACCAAUAUCAUUGAUACCAACGACUCGGAGACACCUGUGCGACAAUCACGUCGCAUCGCACAACAAAAGAUCAAAGAGGAGGCGGAGCGACGCAAGUUGGAGGAGGUGGCACUGCGCACAAUGAAACAGCAGCUCAAGAAUAAGAAGAAGGCCGAAAAGGAGUCGGAUCCCACAGUGCUAGAGCCUUCAGGUGAAUCGGAGUCCGCUGAAUCGGCCAGCGAAGCGGAGGAGACAAAGAAAAAGAUUAAAAAGAAGUGUCCUGGCAAGGAUGGUGGUUGGUCAUCAGAUUCCGAGGAGCAAGUCGAGAGUGAGGAGGAGGAGGAAGAGCCACCACAUUAUGAAACAGAUCCCGGUUCACCGCUCUUCAAAUCCGAUCACGAAUUCUCACCCGAAUCGGAAGUGGAGGACGACUCGCAGGUGGUGCCCAUGAAACGUGCUCGCACAUUGCGUAAAGAGAAUGCCGACGAUGCAGAGGAUUUCGCUGCUGCAGCGGAAGCCGAUGAAUCGUGCCAGAAGUGUGGCAAAUCCGAUCACCCGGAGUGGAUAUUGCUCUGCGAUACGCCAAACUGCAACAAAGGUUAUCACUGCUCCUGCCUAAGUCCCGUGCUCUUCUACAUACCCGAGGGCGACUGGCAUUGUCCGCCGUGUCAGCAGGAGCAACUGAUUGCCGCUCUGGAGCAGAAGUUGCAGCAGUUCGAUGAUCUCUUUGCACGCAAGCAGCAGGAGAAACGCUUAGCCGAGGAAGCCGAGCGCGAGGCAGUUGCAGCCGCAGCAGCGCGAACCGCUAGCGAGCUGGAAGAACGAUCGAAUCAGCAUGCCCGCAAAAAGAAUGACGAUGAUGAAGAUGAUGAGGAGGAUGAUGAUGACGAUGACGAUGACGAUGACGAUUCCAGCAAAGGUAAUAAGCGCAGCAAAGCAGACAAAACCAAACGAAGACGAGGCGAUGGACGUAGCAACAGGAAAGCAGCGAAACGAGGCACGAGACGUCGACGGGGCGGCAAGGAUGAUGAGUCGGAUAGUGGCAGCAGUGGUACAAAAAGUGGCAAGCAGUCGGGCGGAGCUGGCGCACGAUCUGGCAGCUCUAGCAGCAGUGGCACAAGCAGCAGCAGCUACUCGGAUUCGGACGAUGAACCCAUCUACAAGCUGCGCAAGCGGAGACAGAUCAACGUGAGCUAUCGUCUGAAUGAGUACGAUGAUCUGAUCAAUUCCGCGCUCAAGAAGGAAAUGGAUGAGGUGGCGGGAGCUGGAAAUCUGGGUAGAGGCAAGGACAUUAGUACAAUCAUUGAAGCUGACAAAGAAAAGACGCGUCGAGAUGAAGGCGAUCCGCCUGACGAGGAGGAGAAUGAUAAGUCUGAAGUGCAGAAAAAGAGCAAAGCUGCAAAAUUGCCGCGAGAUUCAGAUGAGAAGUCCAGCAAUGAUGACGACGACAGCGAUGACGACGAUGAAGAUGAACAGCCUCUUAAAGCAGCAAAGAAAUCAAAGAUCAAAGCGGCGCCGCCAGCCAAAAAGAAGGCACGCAAAUUGACCACACUUGACGUCAGCUCUGAGGAGGAUCACGGCAGUGAUGAGGACUUCAAGACAUCCAGUUUCUCCGACGAUGACAGCUCGCAAUCUGCCUCAGAUGACUCUGAUUCCAGUCUAGAAGUCUAUCGUCGUCCCGGACGUGGUAAGAAACAGCGCAAAGCAGCGAGGCGUGCGGCACGUGAGCGACGCAAGGAUCGCAAGUUUGUGGUGGAGGAGAGCGACGAGAGUGAGGAGGAGCAGCAGCAACGCUCCAAGGCCAGCAAGUCGAAAAAGAAGAAAAAGGAGGACUCCGACUACACGGAAACCGAGACCGAUGACGACGAAAACGGCUCUGAGCUAAGCGAGAACAUGGACAGCGCCGAUCUGUGCGAUGACACGACCAGUGAGAGUGAGGAUGGCGCCUGGCAGCCAUCAAAGCGCAAGAAGGCAGCCGCUAAAAAGGCAUCGGCGGCCAUUGCACGCAAAUCCCCCAAGCUGAAGAAGCCGGUGACCAAGAAGCCCAAGCAACUGGAGUAUUCGGACGACGACAUCAGCGAGAGCGAGGAGGAAGAAGAGGAGGACGACGAAGAUGAGCAGAUUGGUGCCAAUGGAGUGCCCAUAUCUGGCAAAGGAUCCGGCAAACAGCCGCGCUCACAGCCAUUGAAGAAGACGACUACAACGACAUCGUCGGCGCAGGCGCAGUCGUCUGGCAAGGGCAAGGGCAAAGGCAAGUCGAGCUCUGGUGGCGGUACCAAGAAGAAAAAGAAGCCUGCCUCCUCUGAUGAUGGUGGUGCUGGCGGUGGCGGCGGCUCUGAUGAGCGUACGCGAACACGUGGCCGGCGCUACGCUUACAUCGAGGACUUUGACGACGACAGCUCCGAUGGUGGCAUUAAGCCAGGCGUACAUCGUCCGGAUACGCCGCCCGAAGAGCGACAGAAGUUCAUCCAAAAGCAAGAGGAGAUUAAGCGCAUGCUGGCAGAGAAAAAUGCCGAGGGCGCGAAGCUGGCGGCGACGCCACGUCUCACGCCCAUUAAGGGGGCACCGGGUGCAGCUGGGGCAGGAGCGGAUAAACGCACGCCCAGCAAGACAGGAGCAGGAGCUGGAGGAGAUUCGUUGUCAACGGUUCCUUUGUCCGUGAUACGUCAAGCCAAGGUGCUGGAUAUUGAUUAUUUGCAGCGCAAGGGCGAGGCUAUCGAUGAUCUCGAGGAUGUCGAUGAAUCGGAGCUGGACGAACUGCCCGACGAUUUACCCGAGGACAUGGAGGAUGCCAUUGCACGCAUGGUCGAGGAAGAGGAGCAAUUCACAGCGGCAGCGGCGGCUCGUGAGCUGCCCGCUCCGGAUGAAGUGUUGCGCACAACGCCUGUCAAAUCCAAGCCACCCAAACAGCUGCCCGCGGCGCCGGAGCAGUUGCCUAGUGCGUCGGGUCUGCAGGAACCGAUGCGCAAACGUCUGCCUAUGCCUACAAUGCAUCCGCCACUGUUGCGCCAUCAGUUCCCCGGUCAUGGUCCAGCCGGAGCACUGCCCGCUUCGCUGUUACCUCCGCCGCCGGGCCAACAACAACAUGGUCCACCGCCAAGCAUGCAUCCCAUGCUGCAGCGUCACCUGGCGCCGCCGCCUCCGGCAAUGCAGCUACUGCAGAACGCGCUCUCCGCCCCACUUGGUCAGCCAUUGAGCCGUGCCAACUAUGCGGCGCCACCACCUCAACAACAGCCGCUCCCGGCUAUGCAGCGCAUGCCUUUGGGCAUGACGAUGCCAGUGGCAGCAGCACAUCUCAUGCAGGCAGCCGCCGCAGCUGCGGCAGUGCGACCGCCGCCACCGCAAGCCGAUACAAAGCCACGUGGACGUCGAAAAAAGGUCACACCCCUGCGGGAUCAACUGCAAAAGCAACAGACUGCUGCUGCCGUUACCGCAGCUACCUCCAGUGUGAGCAGCGAUAAGCCAACGACGCCAGGCAAGACACCGCCAGCUCAACUCUUUAAGCCCCACGAGGAUGCACCCGUUGUCGUCUCCCAGCCCUCUGUCAUCACACGCAUGCCAAUGCCCUCGCUGUUGCCGCCCGCACAUGCUCGUGGUCCUCCACAACCACCUGGCGGUGGCAUGUACCCGAGCAGUGCGGAAUUGGCGCGCUUCUAUGGCCAACCACUGCCGCCGAGUUCAGCACUGAGACCCACCUAUGGAGCACCGCCUCCACUGCGUGGAGCACCUCCCACUUCGACGGCGGGAGGAGCACCUGGUGGAAGUGCGCCCAAUUCACGAGCGCCGCCCUAUCUGCAUGGCCCCGAGCAUCACGGAGGGCCGCCACCCCCCGGCGCCUUGGCUGGCGUCUAUGGCGCUGGACCGCCACCAGCUCGUCAUGCCUCAUCGCAUCUAAAUCCCUACAGAGCGCCUCCCAUUUAUGGCAAUCCCAACUAUCCGCCUCGUGUUGGACCCCCAGGUGCUCCUAAUAUGCGACCUGGAGCCGUGGACUAUGCAGCGGGAGCACGCGGUUAUCCACCCUAUGGCUAUUAUCCACCUCCACUGACCACACCUCCAGCGCAUGCAUCGGCGCCAAGCUCAGUGAUUGUCAGUGCACCGCCGCCGCCAACAUCAUCUUCAGUUGCGCCUACAAAUCAUUCUGUAUCCGUAUUAACACGCGGCAAAUCGCCAGCCCCGCCCGCGCCUGUUUCUGCUCCAGCGUCGGUUGCAUCAGCAGCGCCUGUGGUCAACGUGGCGCCAUCAGCAGCACCACCGCCAACAGCAACACCAGCAGCUCCUCCAGCAGUGCCGUUGCCGCCAACGGAAUUGCCCAAAUCAUCCGUGAUAACGAGUAAAAAAUUAAUAACGUUGGAAGCAUACUCCAAUACGAAGUCGCCGCUAGCUGUUGUGGGCGAUUCAACAGCAGAUUCGCCAGCGGCCAUUGCCGAAGAGGAUUCCAGUUCGGCGCAUGGCAACAGCAGCAAUGCGACUGCAGGGAACAUUGUGGGAGGUGGCGUCGGUGAGUUCAGCGGCUUGGUGAGCUACUUUAGCUCGCAGCAGGAUGAUUAUGACACAUAACAAACGCCGCCGAGAGCCGCCAGCUUGUAUAUAAUGUAGUUGACUAUAUAUAGGAAUGUACUGUAUAUGUGUAGAGUAAACCGAAUCUUGUCUUUUGACGACGAGGGGUCCUGGCUAUCCCCUCGCUUCAGGCCACUUAUUGCAAAUUACAGUCCACAACCACACACACACACAGACACACACAACCCAACACACCACAAUCAUGAUUGCAAUGGAAAAGUGCAUAUAGAACAGAUCCCUUUAUGUGGGUCUAGGCAAUGAUGUCAAACCUAAUUUAAAUGUUCUAAAUGAAUAUAUUUAAUUUAUUUUAAGUUUAGGCUUUUAUUUUCGUGAAUGUAUUCUCUAUGUGCUCCUAGAGUCGCUUCUACAGCAACUGCAACAAUUUAAGUAUUUUAGUUUAAUUGUAUGUUAAGUGUAAAGUUUCAAUCUUCCCUCGAUAUGCUCGCAUAUCAAAACUAUCGAGCGCGCGAUAUCAAUUAGGAAGCAUUGCUACAAUAAUGAUAAUAAUUUAUACACAAUCACACACACACACACUACCAUAUAAAAUAUAUAUAGAAAACUAACGUAAACUAAACAAAAACUACGAUAAUUAAUUGACAAUGCAUAUUAUAACGAGUUAUUGCAACUAUAAAUAUAACAAGAUAUGGAAUUAAUGACGUAUACUAAAUACAAAUUGAAAUUAAAAGAGAAUCAAAUCAUCAAAACUAUUUAAUAUUAGUUGAAUAAAAAACAAAACAAA